AUGACUGGAUUAGCAAAGGAAGAGGCUGCGACCAAACCAGCCUACCUAGUGCGACCAGCUGUUGCCGCGGACAUAUCUAGCAUAAGCACCAUCGCCGCUUGGUACGUGCGGAAUACUGUCCUGACCUUCCGGUAUAAUCCAGCUACAGAAGAAGAGCUACUUCAAGAGUUCUACAGCAUCGGUCAGGAGCGUUUACCAUACCUCAUUGCAGCCGACAAAUCUACUGGUACAAUCCUCGGCUACUGUUAUGCAGCUCGGUUUAGACCCGCCAAGCUCGGUUACAAGCCUACCGUCGAACUGAGCUUGUACUGCGAUCCUGAUCACAGAUCGAAAGGCAUUGGGAGUCUGCUUCUGAAAGAAGUGCUGCAGGCUUUGAGGAACUGGGAGCCAGGAACUGAUUCCUGCAUCAGUUCGGAUCUAGACAAAGUAGGAGUCAAGACCGUACUGGCGACAAUGGCCGUGGAUGAGACCGGACCAGGCGGCGGGUUGACGUUGCAGCGAUUCUACGAGCGUGCUGGCUUUGAGCAAGCCGGGCGUUUGAAACACGUAGGAUACAAGUUUGGGCGAUGGAUUGACUCGAUCUACAUGCAGCUUUCGUUGUAA